AUUGGCUCAGAGCGCGGCGUGCGUCGCACCGAAAGCGGAAGUGAGCAGUUGUGCAGCUGUGAUGAACAAGAGAAGAAUAUGUAAAAGGAAAUAUCUUAUCCAGAGUUGUUAAAGUAUAAAACUACAGUUAUAAUUAGAUAAAGACUCAUACUGAGCAGCUGAUAUGAUUUUACCGUCAUUCUUGUCCGUUUGCUGGAUAGUUUUGUCGGUUGGAGCAGCUAAGAAAGGAGGGGACGAUGACUGGGUUCAUCUUCCCAGCAAAUGUGAAGUGUGUAAGUUUGUCAGUAUUGAAUUGAAGUCAGCGUUCGAUGAGACGGGGAAGACCAAAGAAGUCAUCGACACGAAGUACAGCUUCAUAGACGGCAAGGGGGCGCAGCCCACCAAAUAUGUCAAGUCAGACCUAAGAUUCAUCGAGGUUGUAGAAAAUGUGUGUAAGAGGCUGCUGGAGUACAGUCUGCACAAGGAAAGAGCUGGUAGUAACCGCUUUGCCAAGGGCAUGUCAGAGACCUUCUCCACCCUUCACGGUUUAGUGAAUAAAGGAGUGAACGUGGUGAUGGAUAUUCCUUAUGAGCUGUGGAACGAGACUUCAGCAGAGGUGGCCGACCUCAAGAAGCAGUGUGAUGUGUUGGUGGAGCGGUAUGAGACCGAGAUAGAGAAAUGGUACAGAGGUAGCCAGGAGGAAGACCUGACCAUGUAUCUGUGUGAGAAACAUGUCCUCAAAGGAGAGGACACAGCCUGCCUAAGUGAGGAUUGGACCCUGAGGAGGAAGGGGGACCAGGCAGCCAUUGCGGAGGACAAGAAGAAGAAGAAAAAGAAGAAGGGAGGGAAGAAGGGGAAGAACAAGGGUGAGGAAGGAGGAGAUGGCAGUUUGGAAGGAGAGAAGAAGACUAAGAAGAAAAAGGACAAGAAGGUGAAGAAGAAGAAAAAGAGCAAAGCUCCGGUGGAGAAGCUGGAUGGAGGGGUGUCGUCUGAUGACGAGAUCCAACCGCAGGUUCCUCUGUCUGGGCAGAAGACAGAGUUGUGAGUCCUGUCUGGGCCUGGAUCUGGAAACAUCUUUAGUCAAAACUGAGCUUGAGAUGAAACAUACUUUUUACAUGUGGUAAACGGUCUACAACACAUGGGAUGUGUUUUAUCAGCUGUGUUCUCAAGAGUUUUAAGUAAUUACAGAAACUAUGAAGUCUUUAUAGUUUUAAUUUCUGUCAUUUUCACCUCCAUGUCAGUGGUGUGAAGAGCGUGGGCUUCUGAAAUCCACAUUCAUCCUGCUGCAGCCUGCUAUCACUCUUAAAACUUUACCUUUUCUGAAGGACCAUUCUGGUUUAUUGCAGCUUGGCUGUUGUUUUUGCAGUUUUGACCAUCAUUCCUGUCAGUUAUGAUCGCACAGUACUCUCCAAGUUAACUGCUGAGAUAUGGGGAGAUGGUGAUGUCACUAAGCCUGAGCAGUCAGUCAGACUGAAAUCAAGUUAAGAAUAAGCAAAAACAAAUACAACAUGUUGUAUUCAUCAAUUAAUCAUUCAACAGCUAAUUAAUCAGUCUGGAUAUUUGUAAGUCAUUUAUCAAGCAAAAAUGCCAACAGUCUGAUUCCAGCCAGUCAAAUGUGAGGGUUUGACCCCCGUUGCAAAUUGAAUGUCUUUAGGUGUUUGACUUGUUCUAACAGAAAAUUGGAAAUUGUGAUGGGCAUUUGUCACUUUAUUGCCAUUUUGUAAACCAAAAUAUUUUAUUAAUUGAAAGAUCAUUAGUUGCAGUCCUAAAAAACAAACCGGUCCACUAAAAGGUCCGUCUUCUGUUCACUGCCUUUGGUAUUUACAGAGCUGAAUGCCGUCAUACAGAGUUUAAAUCUGUGUUAGUAUCAGAGUACUUGUAUGAUGUCACAUUUUUUCAGAUACAUUUUUAGGGCUUUCAUACUGUAUCUCUUAAUAAUGUGAAUUUUUGUGUGUUUGUUCACCCUCUGUUUUAAAAGCCUCAUAUUUACAGAAUAAUUUGUUUGGUUUUUCCAAUGUCAUUUUUUAGUACCUUUGGAAAUGCUCCGAUUGUCUUUCAAUUUCUGGAUAGUCAGCACUCUUGUACCUGUAUAUAAAACAAAAUUAAGUUAUAUUUUAUUAGAGAAUGUUUGGAGAAGUGUUAUGUUAUUUAGAUAAUUGCUUUUUCUUUUAAUAUAGUAAUAUUUCUCAGUGUUUUAUACCAGCGGACGGAGCUGACUGUCCAGCAUGUGGUAUUUUUCUUUGUGUUGCUGUAAUAUUUGAUGAUAUACUUUUCCAUUUAAUGUUUUGUUUUUGUUUCUAUGCGCUGUAUAGAAGCUGCCAUUUAAGUGGUGUAUGAGUGACGUGCGGUGAGGUUGACAGCUGGUGAGGCACCAACUCUUUUACAGUCAGAUUUACAAAUACAAAUGAACC